CGCCCCCGCCGUAUGGGUGAAGGUGAACGUCUCCUCCAGGCGCCGCGGCCAGACUGGACAGAACAGCCCGUGAGCAGGAAAGGGGAUCUGGGCUAAUUCCGGCGCUCUAGCUAUGGCGCCUCCGUCUAUCUUUGCCGAGGUUCCGCAGGCCCAGCCAGUCCUUGUGUUUAAGCUCACCGCCGACUUCCGGGAGGAUCCGGACCCCCGCAAGGUCAACCUGGGAGUGGGAGCUUAUCGCACGGAUGAUAGCCAGCCCUGGGUUUUGCCGGUUGUGAGGAAGGUGGAGCAGAAGAUUGCUAAUGACAGUAGCCUAAACCAUGAAUACCUGCCGAUUCUGGGCCUCCCCGAAUACCGGACUUGUGCUUCUCGCCUGGUCCUUGGGGACGACAGCGUAGCUCUCAAGGAGAAGCGGGUAGGGGCUGUGCAGAGUUUGGGGGGAACAGGUGCACUUCGAAUUGGAGCUGAGUUCUUAGCUCGAUGGUACAAUGGAACAAACAACAAAGAUACACCUGUCUAUGUAUCCUCGCCAACCUGGGAGAAUCAUAAUGGUGUAUUUUCUGCUGCUGGUUUUAAAGACAUUCGGACCUAUCGUUACUGGGAUGCAGCAAAGAGAGGACUUGACCUCCAGGGUCUCCUGAAUGAUCUAGAGAAUGCUCCCGAGUUCUCCAUCUUUGUCCUCCAUGCCUGUGCACACAAUCCAACAGGGACUGACCCAACUCCAGAGCAGUGGAAGGAGAUUGCCUCCGUCAUGAAGCGCCGGUUUCUGUUCCCCUUCUUUGACUCAGCCUAUCAGGGCUUUGCCUCUGGAAGCCUAGAGAAAGACGCCUGGGCCGUUCGCUAUUUUGUUUCUGAAGGCUUUGAGCUCUUCUGUGCACAGUCCUUCUCCAAGAACUUCGGGCUCUACAAUGAGCGAGUGGGGAAUCUGACUGUGGUUGGAAAAGAACCUGAUGGCAUCCUGCGUGUCCUUUCCCAGUUGGAGAAGAUUGUGCGAGUUACUUGGUCCAAUCCUCCCGCUCAGGGAGCUCGGAUUGUGGCGUGUACCCUUUCUAACCCCGAGCUCUUUAAGGAAUGGACAAAUAACGUGAAGACAAUGGCUGACCGGAUUUUGACCAUGAGGUCUGAUCUCAGAGCACGGUUGGAAGCCCUCAAGACCCCUGGAACCUGGCAUCAUAUCACUGAGCAAAUUGGAAUGUUCAGUUUCACCGGGUUAAACCCUAAGCAGGUUGAAUAUCUGGUCAAUGAAAAACACAUCUAUCUGCUGCCAAGUGGUCGAAUCAACAUGUGUGGUCUAACCACCAAAAAUAUAGAUUAUGUGGCAAACUCCAUCCAUGAAGCAGUCACCAAAAUUCAGUGAAGAAACAUUCUCCAAACCAGCACCACCAAAGCAGUUCUGCAUCAUGUGUGUUCCCUGCCUGCACAAACCUAGCUGUAUAUAUAUAUAUUUGUACAGCAUGUAUUAGAGACUACUGAAGGCCUGAAAUGGCUGAUCUGGUGAGACUGCCUGUUUCCAACUGGCCCCCUGUGAAGAGAAUAUCCUUGGAAGAGAAAUGGGGGCCUGUGAUUAGAGCUUUUGUGGAGGCCAGAGCAAAAUAAUAUUUUUAUUGAAGAAGAACAAAAAAAUACUUUGAUCAUGAGAUGCAGAGAUCUUGCCCCUCUCACUAGAGUUGCCCAUGAGGCUCAUGUGUUCUGCAUGUUGUUUGAUUCUGUAUGAAGUCUAGUCUCAAAGAUCAAGUUGUCUGAAGGAACCAAGUGUGAUUGUGGGUGUUGGCUGUGUCAUUAAAACUUGUCAUCUCAACCCAGA